AUGGCUUCCCCAAUAAACAAAAUCGCAAAACCAAAAGGGUUCCCACAAGAAAUGAAUGACACGGAACAACAAAUUGCUCAGGCGCUUUUCGAUUUGGAGAGUAAUUUUGAACUUGGUAGUGGCAAAAAAGCUAUUGCUAUCUAUGUUCCCGUUCCGUUACUCAAACAAUUUCAUAAAGUUCAACAAAGACUCACUCGUGAACUCGAGAAAAAAUUUUCAGAUCGACACAUUGUGUUCAUCGCACAUCGCCGUAUCUUGCGGAAACCCGGUCGUAAAUCUCGCGUGAAGCAACCCCGUCCACGAUCCCGCACUCUUACAUCCGUUCACGAAAAAAUUUUGGAGGAUUUGGUAUAUCCUACCGAAAUUGUCGGAAAGAGAACCCGUGUUAAGGUUGACGGGACCAAAAUCUUAAAAGUGUAUGCUGUUUUUUGUUUUCAUGCCUAUUAG